ACUCUCCGUGUUGUUGGAUGACAGGAGGCGGUGAAAGAGCUCACUGCUGAGCUCGGACCUGGAGUUUUGUUCUUUUUUUAAUUUAUCUUUUCAUAUAAAUGUAUUUUUUCUCUCUCCGGUGCGCUCCGCUCCGGUGCGCUCCAGGACGCGCGAGGAUGACACGUUUUAGGAUGGGGCCAACCUCAGCAUCAGCAGCGCAACACUUUACUUUCACCACCGCAGUGAUGGAUCACGAAGACACAAUCCAAUCACAUGACUAAAUAAACCCAGCAGGGCCGAUUUUUCUUUUAUUUAUCCGUUUCUUUAUUUUGUAUUAUUAAUUUUAACGUGGGGAAAACUUUUUUUUUUUACUCCUGCGACGCAUUUUGGAUGAAAUGGGGUGUGGAAUGGAGAUCCCAACUUUCCUGCUCUCGAGUCUUGCCGUGCUGCUCGUCGGAAGGGAUAUUUUCACCAGGGCCAUGCUGAGUGACAUUGGGGACUAUGUAGGUACAGACAUUGAAAUAUCCUGGUUGCCUAAUCUGGAUGAUUUAAUGAAGGGCUAUGCCAGAAAUUUUCGCCCUGGGAUAGGAGGUCCCCCAGUGAACGUGGCCAUGGCUAUCGAAGUGGCCAGCAUUGAUCACAUUUCUGAAGCUAACAUGGAAUACACCAUGACCGUGUUCCUGCGGCAGAGCUGGCACGAUGACCGCCUGUCCUACAAUCACACCAACAAGACUCUGGGACUGGACAGUCGGUUUGUGGACAAGCUGUGGGUACCUGACACCUUCAUCGUCAAUGCCAAAUCUGCUUGGUUUCACGAUGUGACCGUGGAGAACAAGCUGAUCCGCCUGCAGCCCAACGGAGUCAUUCUCUAUAGCAGCCGAAUCACUUCAACUGUGGCCUGUGAUAUGGACCUCACUAAGUAUCCCAUGGAUGAACAGGAGUGUAUGCUGGACCUGGAAAGCUACGGUUACUCUUCAGAGGACAUUGUGUAUCACUGGUCGGAGAGUCAGAGACAUAUUCAUGGACUCGACAAACUGGAGCUCUCUCAGUUCACCAUCACAGAUUACCGUUUCGUCACAGAAAUAAUGAACUUCAAAUCAGCUGGACGGUUUCCUAGACUGAGUCUUCGUUUCCAGCUAAGACGUAACAGAGGCGUCUACAUCAUCCAGUCAUACAUGCCUUCGAUCCUACUGGUUGCCAUGUCCUGGGUAUCCUUCUGGAUCAGCCAAUCGGCCGUCCCUGCUCGUGUAACCUUAGGGAUCACAACUGUUCUCACCAUGACAACCCUGAUGGUGAGCGCCCGCUCCUCCUUGCCUCGAGCGUCAGCCAUCAAAGCCUUGGACGUCUACUUCUGGAUCUGUUAUGUGUUUGUGUUUGCGGCCCUCAUCGAGUACGCCUUCGCCCACUACAACGCUGACUACAGGCUCAAGGAGAAGGCCAAGGUGAAGGCAAACAAGCUCACCUCCGAGUCGAUCGUAAAGAACGGCAAACAGGCCAUGGUUCUGUUCUCCCUGUCCGUCACCGGCAUGAAUCAGGGCGUCGUCGUCUCAAACCGCCACGGCCGAACGCAGCGCCCCACCAGCGAGAUCCCCGGGGAGGGCGGCCCAGAGGAGCCCGAGCCCAGCAGGAGGAGGUCCAGGCCGGCGGAGGAGACGACGGAGGACAAAAAGUGUUGCUCCAAGUGCGUCUGCAAGCCCAUCGACGCCGACACCAUCGACAUCUACGCCAGGGCCGUGUUCCCUUUCACGUUCGCCGUGGUGAAUGUGAUCUACUGGGUGGCGUACACCAUGUGAAGAGCUGUAACAUAAAAAAAAACUGCUGGAGUUGGGACGUUUUGUUUUUUUGUGCCGGCAGACUGACGCAGCUGACUAAAUACUGCAGGGGUCGGCAAAAGAAAAAACUUCAGAAGACGCGAAGUGGAAAUGGACAUUUGGUAAUUAAUGAAUGUAGUUGAGUUUUAAAACACUUUUAGAGGGGACUUCAAACAUUUAAACACAUAGUUGUAAAAAAAAGGCAAAGUAAUAAACUGCCUGCUUGAGUUUCACGUAAACAGUGAAUACGUUUUAAUUAAGACCAACUAUAUGGAUGAUACAAAAACAAAACAGUCACAGUUAGUCUGACGUUUCUCCGCCUGUUAUCUGAAAAAGCAACACACCUCCGAGGAGAGAGGAUGACGAGAUGAGGGGAUCUGCUGUUCUGCAUGGCUGAUAACUUCUUCACCCACUUCCUCCAUCAACGUCACCCCCCCCCCCCCUUCUAUCUUCUGUGGUCCUCCACCCAAUUUUUUUUGUUCAUUUCCACAUUUAGGACAUCUGGAAAGUCUUAUCUCCUUCUGCCAGUUCUGCCUGUUUCCUUGUUAUUAAAGGACUUCCUCCUCUA